CCUCUCCUACUCGGCAACUUCUCAACAACAACUCAUCACCAUGUCAGGAAUAGGGCCCCAACUACCGCCUCACCUCGCGAAGCGCAAGCGCUCAACAGACGACACCACAACCCUCAAUCCUCCCUCUCCCCCCACCAAAAUCCGCGCAACAAGCCGCAAUGUAGACACUCAGCCUCGUCGCGUCCUCGGCCCCUCCAUGCCACCCACCCACAACGAAGAAGAAAUCGGCCUCGACUCCAGCUCCGACGAUGAGCCUGGUUCUUCCCUCCCGCCCGGCGCAAUGCCGGCACCAGAACCCAAACCGCGCCGUGUAAUGGGCCCAGCAAUGCCACCACCACAGAAUACCGACGAAAUCCCACUUGACGACAGUUCCGAUGACGACGUCGGACCCUUUCCCCCCCCCUCAACCACCACCACCGCACUUCCCGCACCCCGCCGCAUUCUUGGCCCCGCCCCCCCUCCAGCAUUACUCUCCGAGCGCCCUACAGAAGAUCCCGACUCCUCCUCAGACGACGACUACGGCCCCUCCCUCCCCCCCGCCCCCGGCUCCGCGGCAGCAGCCGCCGCCGAAUCUGCCAUCCGUGCCCACGAAACUGCCCGCGCAGCUACAGCCACCGCCUCCGCAGCGUCCAGCGCGCCUAAGCGCGCAGAUUGGAUGCUCGUCCCCCCGGGCGCCGAUGAUUGGACAUCGCGCGUCGACCCCACGAAGCUGAAGACGCGAAAGUUUGCGUCUGGAAAGGGGGCGAAGGCGCUGGGGGAGAAGAGCGGGGUUAGUGCUAUAUGGACUGAGACGCCUGAGGAAAAACGGCAGCGUUUAGAGGACGAGGUGUUAGGACGGAAGGAAGUUGCUACGAAUUCCGGCAAGAACGGGACGAGAGGUGCCGGAGGGGGACAAGGGGAGGAUGAAGCAGAGCAAGCGGCGAUAGCGAAGAGGAUUCGGGGGUAUAAUGAGCGGAUGAGGGGGAAGAGUAUGGUAGAGGAGCAUACGGGGAGACAGGGGGGGAAGGAGGAGGAGGAUGAUCCGAGUAAGAGGGGUUUUGAUAAGGAGAAGGAUAUGGGCCUGGGAGGGAGGAUUGGGCAUGUGCAGAAGCAGGAGAUGUUGAGGAAGGCGGGGGAUUUUGGGUCAAGGUUUGAGAGGGGGAAGUUUUUGUGAGGGGUGUGUGGCGGUAUACGUGUCAUUUUUUUAGAAUUCUAGAACUGGAGCAAUCAACGGACCUUGGGAUUUAUGAGAUGAUGUAUAUUAGGCUCAAGUGCAUGCUGCCUUGUUGUAACCCGUGUGACACUGUCAAUGCUGGUAGAUCGAAAAAUUAUGCAGCUCCCAGGAGUCCAUCAAAGCUGGACGUUUAUAGACAGUCCUUCGUCUCUUAAUCUUCAUCAUCUGUCAACCUUCUUCCUCUCAAGCUUCAUAUUCGACCCUCACAUUCGAUCUUCACAUUCGAUUUUCACAUUCGA